UUUACAACAAAAGAGAAAACAAAAUAGAAUCAAAUGGAAAAGUGUAAAUGCGAAAGACAUAUCAAACAUAUAUCAUGUCCUAAAAGAAAGUGAAGUUAUUAAGGUUUUAACGAUAUGAAACAAGUGAAGUGAUCUUUUGGUGAUAUGGAUGAAUAAACGCUGUAAUGGGGUGUGGCCAGAGCAAAAUUAAUCUUUAUCCGAGGAGAAAUAAAAAUGGUGGAAAAGGGAACAGUGCCAAAAAGUCAGGCGCAGCAGACAAGGAAGCAGACGAAGAGGAAGGCAACGCAGGAACAGGACACACGGAUGAGACGGAGGAUGACGCCGACCAUGGAAAGCAUAUUCUGCCUCUCUCUGGCCACGUAUCCACCGUUGAGGUGUCGGCCAGUAUGCAAGACUUCUUUAAAAUGCUGGACGAAAAGAUUGAAAAGGGCAAAGACUAUGAUUCGUCGAGUGAGACGGAAGUACGCCUAGAAAGAGAACGGCGGAAAAAAUUAAUUGAUCAAUGGCGCUCUGCAUCACUGUCGACCCAAUCAUCACAAUCUCAGCCCAGCCCUCCAACUCCAGCUAGACGGCGGAUGCCGAGGCCCAUACCACAACCACCAGAACGUCAAAACAGUCCUGGAUCAAUCAGAAGAUGUUAUAGGCAACAGCACGUUACAGAAGGAAUGUCUCCACCUCCGAGAAGGGCGCAUAGUGCUCAAUCUCACCACCCACCAGAUUCACGACAAAUUAAUGGUGACAACUGGCAUGAUCCUACGAAAUCACCGGUCAAAAGACCUCAAAGCGCUGGAUCCACUUGGAAAAGCAAUCCAAAAGUUGCACCUUACAAUCAAAAACCGAAAAAAAACGAAGUCAAUGAAAACCAAAGAACAAACCAAAAAGACGCCGAAUCAUCAGCGAAUACUAGUCAUGAUAUAUCUCAAAUAACAUAUAACCCAACAUUCCAAACUCACAGUCCAGCCCAUUCGGCUAAGUCUCAGCAACCGUACAUAGCGCAAAUUAUAAGUUGUCCAAUGUCUCAACAAGUUGCCCCUCCAUCUCCACCAAAGUUUAUAGCCCCACCUGAAGAGUACCAAGACCCUCAAAAUCAUAUGGCAGAUAAUAAAUACAGUGCCAGUCAAAAACAGGCGCAAAAUCAAUCACAAAUGAACCCUCAGUCUCAAAUUUAUUACAUUCAUGGUAAUCCAUCGACGAACGUUUCAAAUCCGCAAGAUUUAGUUCAACAAAGACAGCAAACAGCCUUCCAUCUGCAGCAAUACGUGGCUAUGAAACAAGCUCAACAACAAAUGUUCACGUAUCUACAAAGAGGCCCCCAUACCGUAUUUCCCAACGUGGAUUACGCUCAAAUUCCAAAUCCGAGAAUUUAUGAAGGUGAAGAAUUCACAGGUCAAUACGGGCAUCCAGCUUUAAGAACACACAGUGCUCCAACACCCGUGGGAGUCGUCCGACCUAUGCCAAUCCCUCCUACCUUCAGCCCAUUGCCAGAUGGAUCGCAUAUGGUUCAAAUGCCAAUGUGGCCUCACAUGCCACCAGUCGUUUCGACAAUGGGUCCUUGGUUGCCAGGUCAAGGACAUGAAAUGCAAUACUACCCUCAAUCUCAAUUCAUGCCAAUGUAUAGAGCGACCUCUGCUGGUUCCGCCGGUACAUUAACUAGGUACCAUAAAAAGGAAACAAGCGAUGGUGAAGUCAAGAAUGUGUGCCAAAGUAUAAACUUAGUGAGGCAGAAACAGAUCGGUCAGAUCGUGUCAAUGCCUGGUCAGGAACUAACUGUAUGCAACAGUACGAGCGAUAGCCCAAGUCCUGCGUCAGUGAGCACAGACAGUGGAGUAUCUCCUGGGAACAGUGCUCCUAAUUCUAAAGCAUCUGUCUUUAACCAACCCCCAGUACCCUCGGAGUCCUUCACCGCUGUAGAUAGCAAAGCUAAGAAAAUCAAAACUGCACCAUUUGCGCGACCUCUGAAAAAUUCAAAAAGUCUAGAUUCUUAGUGCAACUUUGUAAUUAUGUAGAUUUUCUAAGUGUACGUAGAUUCUAGUCGGAGUAUGUAAAUUAUAGUAAAAUUAGUUACAUAUGCUUAUCAUUGUAUAGUUCGAGCAUUUUUAAUUCGAUCAAUGUUAAAGUCGAUGUCGAUUUAUGACUGUAAGUUUCGCGUCACUGUCAUUUCGUAUGUUUUAGACUCGCUCUGUGAUUUUGAUUUGAGUUAGUUUAAAUUUGAUAUUUCGAUUUGUAAUUUUUCGAAACUGAGUAAAUUAACUUUGUGCCUUGCAGUCAUUGAUUUUAAAGUUCAUUGUCGUAUGUACUGCGUAACUGUUGUAAACACUAAUUUCUACAAUGGCUGCGUCACUUGGUUCAAGAGACGGGUAAUUUUUAUCGUAUUAUAUUAAUUUAUUAACAAAAUUUAAAAUAAAUUAUUCUAAAUGUAUGUUUAGAUAAAGACAUGUAAGUGGUACCUCCAAGUA